AUGAUUAUUUAUAUAAAAAGAGAUAUCAAAAGAAAAAAAAAUUAUAUAAAAAUGGUUUGUGAAUGUAUACCACCUCCACCAAUAUUUGAUUUGGAUCCACCACCAGAUCCAUCAUUUAUUUUUGAAUUAUUAACAGAUGAACCUAUAUCAUUAUUAAGACAGACACAAUUAGAAUCAUGUAAUUAUAUUCCUGUACUUGAAGUUUUAGAUAUAACAAAUAAAUUUUCUAAAAUUUCACCAGAAAUAUUGCCAAUAAUAUUAUUAUCAUUAUUAUUUAUUCUUAUAACAGCAUUAAUAAUUAUAAUUAUUGUUAUAAAAUAUAAAAGAUCUAAACAUACAACGAGAAAUAAUUCAAUUAAAAAAUUAUCAUCAACUGGACCCGGUUUUGAUGUAUGUGGUGGAUCAUUGUUUUGUACACCAUCACCACAAUAUAAUGUUGUUUUAAAUAAUUCUUCUUCAUCUGGUGAGUCUAAUGGUAAUUGGUCAAUUCCAUAUGAAAAAACAUUAAGAAAUAUGGGUAAAGGAAACAAUAAAAUGUAUGGAAGUACAUCUAAUCAUGAUAUUUUUACAUAUCAAAUGUCAUAUCCUAUAAAUGGAAAUAAAUCUAAAAAUAUGUUAAGACCAUCAAAUUCAACAACUUUAAGAUUUCCUUUACAAGAGGAAGGAUAUUGUACAGUUAGACAUUAUGAUGAUAUUACAGGAUAUGCUGAACCAGAUGUAACAAUUCAUACAUUUAGAAAACCACCCCCAAAAUGUCCACCACCACCACCACCACCAUCAUCAUCAAAUAAAAAUGAUACAUGUAUUACAAAUAUUUUACCAUCAGAUAAUAUAAGUUCAUGUUCUUCUGGAAUUGAAAGAGAAUUAGAAAAGAUACAUCAAAGUGAUAAUAGUAUAUCACCAAUUGGAGUACAUAAUAACAUAAAAUAUCCUCAUGGUGGUAGAGAAUCAGGAUAUGGAACAGGACCAUCACGUCUUCAACAUCAUAUUUCAAGUCCUAAGAAUUUAAAGAAUAAGAAAUAUGUCUCACCAAAUACGAGUUUUAAUACCGGUCAAGAAGGAAAUAUGACAUAUGUAUAA